ACAGCGCAGGAAUUCACAGAGACGAAUUGUCGGGGGGAAAGACGACCUGUGGCUUUGCUGGAAGCGGUGGGGGCAUUUCCCAGCAGAGCACAGAAAACUGCGACUCCAUGCAUCAGCGGGCACGAUAAUUACACACCCACUUCCAUCAUCACCAGCAACUUAGAUGCCCAUCCCCAACUAAAGACCCCCCGGCACACACUUCUGCACGGACACGGACACCACCUGCGACUUUUGCAUCUUUACCUGACUAAUAAGAACAGACACUUUAGAAGUUCUGUAAUUCGAGCAAGGUGAAACGAAACCCGGAUCCUGUUAGAGGUUCAUUGAGAGGAUGGCCAACUCCGGGAUCCAGCUGCUGGGAUUUUUCCUGUCAUUAAUAGGUAUUGUCGGUCUGAUCAUCGGGACUAUCCUGCCGCAAUGGAAGAUGUCCGCGUACAUCGGAGACAACAUCAUCACAGCUGUAGCCAUGUACCAGGGACUCUGGAUGUCCUGCGCUUUCCAAAGUACCGGGCAGCUCCAGUGUAAAAUCUACGACUCCAUCCUGCAGCUCGACAGUUCGCUCCAGGCCACUCGUGCCCUGAUGAUAGUUGGCAUCAUUGUUUCCAUUGCAGGUCUGGGUGUAGCCUGCAUGGGAAUGAAGUGCACCACCUGUGGAGGAAGUGACAGACUACGCAAGGCCCGCAUUGCCAUGACAGGAGGCAUCAUCCUGUUAGUGGGAGGGCUGUGUGCCAUCGUAGCGUGCUCCUGGUUUGCUCACAAUGUCAUCAGGGCUUUCUAUAAUCCCUACACUCCAGUCAACACCAAGUUUGAGUUUGGUGCGGCCAUCUUCAUCGCGUGGGGCGGUUCUCUCCUAGAUGUCUUAGGUGGGGCCAUGUUGGCUGCUUCCUGUCCAAGGAAGAAGCAAGUGUCCAAGUACCCAGCCAUCGGCAGUUCCCGCUCAGGCCCUCCAAGCAGCACUAAGGAAUAUGUCUGAGAUUCCCCAACCAUGUAGCCAGGAACUUUAAAAGAAGCUGAGGAGAAUGAUCUUCUUCACCAUCAGCGAGGCGCAAAACCGAAGAUGUGUGGAUGAUUGUGAAUCACAUGGAGGCAGGAAGUAUUGAAAAAGGACUUUCUUUACUUUGUGUUCAGGCCUUUGAUGACCCUUUGAUUAUUAAGUAGCACCCUCAAUUGUUUAAAUACGGAUGUCUCUCACCCAAUCCAUACAUUCCUCAAUUGUUUACAAGUAGUCUUCACAAAUACAUUAUAAUUGGAUGUCCUGACCUAAUAGACAAACCCUCUUGGGCUAGCUCUUGAAUUGCAGCCUAAAUGGUGGAUUAUAGCCAAUACUUGCACCCUCAUGUUAGAACCAGCAUUUAUUAGCAUUUGCCAUGUAAUUGAAAGUAAUCAAUUACAGUUUGGUGAGUAGUCUGCAAGUCAACAGGCUGUCCAACACAGGAACACGGUGACAAUACAGCGUUUUAUAUCAACUGUUGGUACCAAAAUAGAUGUCACAAUGAGCAGGGUGUGAUUUCACACACUGCGAUGACACAGGCCUUUUGCUGCAGGACUCCCCACAGCUUUUCGUACCAGCAUGUUACAAAGCCUGUUCAGAUAUAAAAUAUCUGAUGUUGUAGUCAUCAUGCCAUUAUCGCUCUAUUGGCCUUUCUAUCAGCCACUGAGGCUAAACUGCAACUAUUUAUUUUGUCAACUGUAGGUCUUUACUGUAGAUUUGCAUGAUUGUUAGUUCACUGUAGCUUCCUGUAGCUUUCACAAUUUAGUGUUUUUUAAAUGUUCUGAACAGUUGGUUCUAUGUUUGUAAAUGCCAUAGUUUUAUAUACUUUUAGCAGAUAACAGCACCAUGGAAAAUAUAUGAAAGAAUAUUUUUAACAUGUCCAUCAGUACUUAAAUAAUAAAGAUAUUGCAACAUUGUUAA